CUAGCCUUCGGUGCGCGGCGCUUUGCUAUCUAAAGCGCAUCUAGGGGCCUAGAGCACGAGCUCGGACGCAGCAAGCCGCCUGUGUUCACCACAGAUUGGUAUCUUCGAGCACUGAGAGUGGCGCUUCGCAGUGAUCCCCCUAGAAGCAACACCCAGAGUCAAGAGCACUCCGCCGCGCUGCGCGAAUCUGUGGUUGUAGCGCACGGAUCGCAAGGAUGUCGGACGCGGUCGACGCCGCCGCGGACGGCGCCGCCGAAGCGAUGGAAACGGUCGCCACGACCACAACAACGCUGGCGACGAGCGCCCUCGCCACAAUAUCAACCUACGUAAGCGCCCACGUGGCCGCGACGCGCGACGAGGCUGUAAGGUUCUGCUCCGAUGUCACGGAAAAGGCCCUCGCGUCCCUAGAACCGGAAACUUCAUUGUAUGUGCAAGACGUCGCGCAAGCCCUAAAGGAGGUCUGGCAAUCUCUACUACUACUUAUCAAGGCGUUGUACGCCUUUCUCAAACUCGUAGGAGAACCUUUACUACGAAAACUAGCCCAAGCAAUACAAAAACAACCAACAAACGUAAAAGCGGCAGAAGUAGCGUUACUCUUGACGAUCUUCGUGUUAUGGCGCGUAGAAGCAUACCCGCGCGGCCGGAAGAUGCUGAAACGGUGGCACCGGGCCUUUGUCAUCAGACGCGUUUCUUUUGAUGCUAAACGAAAUAAAAUAAAAAGGGCCUACCGCCGCGCUCUAGAACAUAUGGAUUCGAAGUCGCGGGCUUGUAUGUCGGUGGCCCCUCACGUCGCGUUCUUCGCGGUGAUAUUGCUCGUGCGACAUGUCAACCCUACACUAUCGACAGGCUUCUGGACGUCUCCUUAUAUAGUGUUCGUGUGCUUAUCAUUACGAUUAGUCAACACCGAUGCGGCGCUGAAGAAAGCCGCUGCUUUAGAUAAAGUCGAGGACAUCGUCAGUGCGAACCGGAGGCGCUACUCGGAAGAUCCGCGGGCGGCGUCGGCGCGAGCUGCUGUUACUGAACAAUUAAAAUUCUGGAGUAUCGUCGGUUUUCUAGCGGGCAUCCGGGGCGGCCUUCGAGCUUUGCCUUAUGCGAUCAACUUGUUUGAGGAUGAUAUAGCUGUCCUAGAGGAAGUGAGAGGCGUGUUCCUGGUUUGGUUGCUGUACAUGGGCACUGAUUUAGCACAUACUAUAAUAGGACGACUACUACGAUCAUAUACCACACCUCCUGUCCCGCAACCAUCGUAUAGAGACCAGCGGGACCCGUGGUGGGUGAACGAGGCCAUCCGACGAUCAUUACCUGGAUUCAUAGCGAAGCGCAUCGGCGACGGGAGUCGCAUCCGAGCCAAAACGCUGGAGAUCUGGUUCGACGUGGACGGGUGGCGGGCCCUAGCGGUUGGUACCGUAACCCUAAUAACGGUCGGUCCCGUCUGUCGGGCCGGCGCCGCGUGCGUGGGCUUCGUAUUACCCACGAUCGCCGCUUUGAGGUGUGGGAGAGCACCUCCUUCCCGACCGUGCUACCGGGAUCUCGCCGCGGCGACCGAUGCGCGCGCUCGUAGAUAUUUGGCUUAUGGUGCGGUGCUAGGUGUCAGGGAGGUUUUAUUGCUGCACGAUUCCGUGCGGCAGGUGUAUUCGUAUAUGCCUUUUCGCAACCACGCCGACAUCGUGGUUUUUCUCUGGCUGCAGCUGCCGGUGUUUCAGGGUGCCGUGGCCUUGCACGCGCGGUGGACGCGGCGUUAUAUGGCGAUCGUGGAGAAGUUCCGCGACAAGGAUUAAGUUCUGUUUCUUUGUCUCG